UGCCCACUUCUCGCCGGUCCAGCAAUUAUUUCCGCACAUGAGGAACUCGUGCACUUCCUCCGCUCCCCCUCCCAAAGCCAAUCUCGUAACGCACACACUGCACACGUUAUAUAAGACCAUCUCCUUCCUCCCCACCCGGCCAUCUCUUAGACCGUCAAGGGUUGAUCCUUGCACCAUGACUGCCACUAAUCUUCUUCUGUUUGUAUCCCUGGGAAGUAUCGAUCACUGUGACACCGAGCUGAGCCUCAGCCCCGGCGGCGUGUAUCAUCGCCACUCUUCCUACUCCGACACCUCUGCCAGUUCAAGCAGAGUGGAGGAGAAGGCAGCCGGGAAAGCACCACAGCCGCCAGAGCAGCAGAUUACCAUGUUCUACAAUGGUCAGAUCUGGGUCUGCGACGUGACGGAGAUUCAGGCGAGAGCCAUCAUAAACUCGGCCAAGCGGGAGAUGGAGGACGUGGAGGCUCAGAAACAGAGCAGCCGACGACAGGGCUCGUCGUUUCCUCCUCCGGACGCGACGCCGUCUGCGCCGACACGGCCGCCGCCGCUUCUGAAUCGAAGCCUGUCGAUGAAGCGAUCGCUGCAGAGGUUUCUGCAGAACAGGAAGACGAGGGCCGUAUAGUCCUCCCCUUACAGCCAUCAUCACGAAACUGCCAUCUGAACUUGUUUGCUGCACGGUUGUUGUAUUGGCUCUUUGUUCUCCAGUUAAUAUGGACUUUGAUGGAUUCAUGUUCGUGCA